UCCUCUCUUCUCCAAUCCAUUUCCAUAUAUAAUAACACAAACACAAAGCAAUACUAAUACUACUCAACACCCUUUUUAAUAUCUCCACUUUGUUUUUUCCUUAAACAAAUUUUAUCCAAUUUUACUAAAAUGCAAAAAUAAAAAAAGCUCUCUUCUUGACGUUUUAGUAUCCAAGUUUUAAUCUUUUAUUAAAUAUUUCUCUGGGUUCGCUUCAGAUUUCUCCAAUCUUGAUUCUUUUCUCUUCUGAAUCUUUAUUUUCUUGAUUAAUGGUUAUGAAUCAAGAAAAUCUUUAAUUUGAUUUUCUUGGUUCUUGGUUCUUGAAUCUUGAUUUUCUUGUUUUCUUGAUUUGUAUUAAUGGUAAUGAAAAUGAAAGUUAAAGAAUUGCACCCAUUGUGUUGCAUCUCACUAGAAAGUCCGGGAAUCGGAGACCAAUCACCGGAGCCAUCAUCGUCAUUACUAACACGAGCAAGAUCUUUACCGGCAGGGUUUUCAGGCGGAUCUGACGGCAAUGCGGCCAUUAACAAUAACAUUAAUGCAAAUGGACGUUGUUUAAUAGGAUCAUCAUCAGAAACCACGGUUGCCGGAGUUCUCUAUAAGUGGACUAAUUACAGCAAAGGGUGGAGAUCACGGUGGUUCUUGUUAAAGAAUGGCGUCCUAUCUUACUCAAAGACUCGCCGGCCGGAAAAUAUUCAUUUAUUAUCUUCUAAUGAUGACGUCAGAUUGAUCGGAGAAACAUCCACCAGUCGGCUCUCGAGAAUCAAUAGUGUCAGUGGUAAUUCAAGUUCUCGCCGGAAACAGCCAAAAGGUGUCGGCAUUGUUCAUUUAAAGAUAUCAUCGUUUCGUGAGAGCAAGUCAGACGAUAGGAGAUUUUACAUAUUUACAGCAACUAAGACACUUCAUCUUAGAACUGAUUCGAAAAGAGAUAGAGCAGAUUGGAUUCAAGCUUUGGUCUCUACUAGGACCUUGUUUCCACUAAGAUCGGUGAAUGAUAUUGUUUCUUAUAGACCUAAAGACCUGUCUCUUUCAACUGAAAGGCUUAAAAAGCGUUUACUUGAAGAGGGUGUCAGUGAAAUUCUUGUGAAGGAGUGUGAGCAGAUCAUGCUGUCUGAAUUCUCUGAAAUACAAGGACAAGUUCAAAUUCUUUUCGAGCAAAGGUCUAGUUUGCUCGAUACAUUGAGGCAAUUAGAGGCAGCUAAUAUAGAAGCUGAAAUAUCGGGAAUCCCAGAUGGAGAAUUUCAAUUGACAAAGCAUGGAUUUUCAAGUUUAGCGCGUAAACAAUUUAGUGAAUGUAGCACAACAGAAUCAUCUGAUGAUAUUGAGAAACAAGAACUUGAGGAAAUAUCAGAGGAAGAUGAAUCCUCUUUUUAUGAUACAAAAGAUUAUUUUACUGAACCUACGAUUAUUAAUGGGUCAGUAAGAGAAAAUGAAGAGAAAAUGUAUAUCGGUAAGGAACUUCGUAAAUCUGGAUUUCCACAUGUCGAAAGGAGAAAUAAGCUUCCUGAUCCCGUUGAGAAGGAAAAAGGAGUCAGUCUUUGGUCUAUGAUCAAGGACAAUGUGGGAAAGGAUCUCACACGAGUUUGUCUCCCAGUUUACUUUAAUGAACCAUUAUCGUCUCUUCAGAAGUGCUUCGAGGACUUGGAAUAUUCUUAUCUUUUGGACCGAGCCUAUGAGUAUGGAAAAGAGGGGAAUAGUCUCAUGAGGAUAUUAAAUGUUGCUGCAUUUGCUGCUUCUGGAUAUGCUUCCUCUGAAGGUCGACACUGCAAACCCUUCAACCCUUUGCUGGGAGAAACUUAUGAAGCUGACUAUCCUGAUAAAGGACUUCGUUUCUUCUCAGAGAAGGUUAGUCAUCACCCUACUAUCAUAGCCUGCCAUUGUGAAGGUAGAGGGUGGAAGUUUUGGGGUGACAGCAACCUCCGUUCAAAAUUCUGGGGGCGGUCAAUUCAGCUUGAUCCUGUUGGAGUGCUGACUUUAGAGUUUGAUGAUGGAGAAAUAUUCCGAUGGAGCAAGGUGACAACCACUAUUUACAAUCUUAUCCUUGGUAAAUUGUAUUGUGAUCACCAUGGACUAAUGCAUAUACAAGGAAAUAGACAAUACUCAUGCAAACUCAAGUUCAAAGAACAAUCACUUCUUGACAGAAAUCCUCACCAGGUCAAUGGGUUUGUCGAAGAUGUUUCCGGGAAGAAAGUUGCUACAUUAUUUGGGAAGUGGGACGACAGUAUUUAUUUUACGAAAGAUGAUGGGGCUAGUAAGAUAAAGGAUUGCAGUUCCUCAUCUAAUGCAACCUUGCUUUGGCAAAGCACUAAGCCACCUCCUAAUCUCACUCGGUACAACUUAACGUCGUUUGCGAUCACUCUAAAUGAAUUAACACCAGGACUGCAGGAGAAACUUCCACCUACGGAUUCUAGGCUUAGACCAGACCAGAGGCAUCUGGAGAAUGGGGAAUAUGAGAAGGCAAAUGAGGAGAAACAACGGUUGGAGAAGCGGCAGAGAUUGUCAAGAAAACUACAAGAACAUGGAUGGAAGCCGAGGUGGUUCCAUAGAGAAGAAGAAGACGGAGCUUUUUGCUAUUCGGGCGGUUAUUGGGAAGCACGGGAACAAGGAAAAUGGGAGGAAUGUGCAGAUAUUUUUGGUGAAUUUAGUGGUGAUCUUGCAGAAUCCUCAUACGGGUCUUGACUCGGAUUCAGAAAAGGCAGUGAAAGAGCAAGCACUUGUAGAUUUUCCUGAUUCUAGCCAUCUGCAGGAUCCUUGUCAAAGGUAGCAAAUUUUGGCUACAGAAAUGCUUGAGCAGUUAUGGAUAGGAUAGAACCUAAUAUUUUUUCUUGUAACAUUACUAAUUCGCUGCUACAGAUCUUUGUUUGUGUGUAAGUUCUUUGAAUUUGUACCAGCCAUUGGCCUAUAAUUAUAAUUUUAUUCUGCUA